ACCUUGCUUGGUGGGCGAAAACAAUGAAAAAACGCCACCAGCUGGAGGGAGAAAAAAAUUCUGCCGAGUUGGUUUUCUUGCUUCCUCUCUGUACACUUGAUAUUUGAGAGACGAUUUAGCUUUAAACGGGGUGACGAGAUACAGACCGUGUUGCAACCUAUCUACCCAGCCAUUCGUGUAAUGAGGAUGAUUUCCUCAACACAACUUUGACUGAGCAUCUAGCUACAGCUCCCAGUGUGCCCUGCUGUGAGUCCCAGUGGGCGUGCGUGGUCCUCCCCUCAGACUGGCAGAGCAGGCUGGCAUAGCGGCACCGGCAGGGGGCCAGUGGGUGACGUUUUCCUCCAGCCUAAGUUGUGGUUGGAAGGGGCAUCGAGAAAGAGUGUCGAGAAGACAAAGAGGGGUAUCAAGACGACAUCGAGAGUAUCGAGGAGAGAUCGAGAGGGUGAAGUCUCUGCCUAGCCUCGUCAGGUGUGUGUGAGGCUCGGAGCAUGGUGAGAGCCUGCGCUGGUUGCCAUGGAGCUACAGGAUAAGAAGCAGGAGGAGGGGGUAGGGACCCUUGGCUUGUCCACUGGUCAGGCUCUGGCGACACUGAGGGACCAGCUCACCACCCUGCUUGCCCAGCACCAGACCACAGGCCGUGGGAAACAACCGACUGCACAGGAGCAGUGGGUGAAAAGCUUCCUUCACCAUGGCAACCGACACUCCUGUCUCCAUUGGCCAGGAGCUGCCCUUACACUGCUGGUGGUGUUGGGACUUCUCUGUUGUUAUGGCGACCAGCCACACGGCAGUUCUGGGAUCGAGUUGGUGAACGCUGCAGCCCUCCUCCUGCUCUUCACGCUGAGCUUCAUGCUGAUUGGUCGACAGCAAAGGCUGAGGAGGACUGAGAUGGUGCACCGGCUCAACAGCAUCAUCAAUCAACUCAACGACUACCUGUCGGGAUGGGCAGAUUUGGGUAAUGGGGUGAGGUGGUCUCCCUCCCUCUACCCUGACCUGUACACCCCCUCCUCCCCCUCCUGGUCGCUCCACUGGGCCUACCGCGACUCCAAGCUGGUCAACCUGCCUGUGUCCCUACUGGUGGAGGGAGACGUCAUAGCACUACGGCCAGGAAAGGAGGCCUUCGCUUCCCUCAGAGGCAUCAAGGAUGAUGAGCAUAUAGUUCUGGAGCCAGGUGACCUUUUCCCACCUCUCUCCCCUCCUCCCUCCCCCCGGGGGGACCAGAAGAGGGUUCCCCAGAGCCCCCAGCAGCACCGCCUCUUCAGGGUGGUCCGCACUCCCAUCCUCGACAGCGUCAGGAACAGUCUUGACCUGGCUCUGUCUCGACCAAUCACAGCCCUGGAUAAUGAGAGGUUCACCGUGCAGUCGAUCAUGGCCAAGUUCGCCUGCCCUAUAGUACUGGUGGCGUUCUUGGUCGUGAAUACGGUGCGGUAUUUCUGCCACGCCCCCGGCCUCACUCCUGGGCGCUUCAACUUCAUCCAGCUGCAGCUGAUGGGAGUGCUGCCCAUCCUUCCCCUGCUGUUUCCUGUCAUGUGGGUGCUGGUCAAUGCCUAUGGAGAGGCUAGUGUCCUGGCUGAGUCCAGCAGAGCUUCUCCUACUGGCCUGCUUGCUAAGUUCUCUGAGGACACUCUAAGCAGCUAUACUGAAGCGGUGUCCUCCCAGGAGAUGCUGCGGUGUGUGUGGAGACACCUGGUGGGCGUGCUGAGGGGAGAAUCCCAGACUCUCUGCUACACCUCCAGCCUGCUACACACACUCGGCUCUGUCACUGUGUUGUGUUGUGUGGACAAACAGGGUGUAUUAUCCUGGCCUAACCCCAGUCCAGAGACCGUGUUGUUCUUCAGUGGUCGCGUGGAGCCGCCUCACAACGACAGUCAGCAAGACCUGCGAGACGACCUGUCUGUCAACUCCUUCUGCCGCAUGGAGACCGACGAUGACCGUGACGAGACCCAGGAGGGGGAGGCUCUGCUGUGUAUGGGGGGCGGGCAUGAGCCCAGUGAGACUUCACAUGACACCGGCCGUUCCGAAGACACAGUUCAGCCUCGGCGGCAGGCGCAGGAGACACGCACCAAACACCCCUCAGGAUCUAAUGUCAGCUUCAGCCACAACACCGAGGGAGGGGACCAGGGCCCUGAACAGGACAUGGUGGGUUGCUGUGACAACGACGCGGAGGACUACGUGUGUGACUACCACCUGGAGAUGCUGAGUCUGUCUCAGGACCAGCAGAACCCGGUGAGUAUCCAGUUCGACGAGCAGGGCUGGCAGUGCCACCUGCCCAGCCUCAAGCCCCUGGGCCUCAACAUCCUGCUCAACCUGUGCAACGCCAGCGUCACCCAGCAGCUCUGCCGCUUCUCCGACCACCUCAGUAACCUGGCGCUGCAGGAGAGCCACGGGGCCGUGCUGCCCGUCCACGUGCCCUGGGGACUGUGUGAGCUGUCCAGGCUUAUAGGGUUCACUCCCGGGGCGAGGGAGCUGUUCAAACAGGAGAACCACCUAGCUCUGUACCAGCUGCCCUGUGGGGAGAAGGCCAAGGAGUCUGUCCCUCGACGCCUACACAACUUCACCAAGAGACAACCUCCCAUCAGCCACCUCAUCUCCCUCUUCAUCAGAGACUCCUCUUCCAAUAACGUCCAGAUGUUGUCUCACGGCUCAGCUGACCUCAUCCUGGAGGCCUGCACUGACGUCUGGGACGGAUCUGACAUCUAUCCCCUCUCUGGCUCCGACAGGAAGAAAGUUCUGGACUUCUACCAGCGUGCCUGUCUGUCGGGCUACUGCUCUGCCUUUGCCUACAAACCCAUGCAGGUGUCCCUGUCCAACCAGCUCAAUGGGAAAUGUGUGGAGCUAGCCCCUGGACCCAACCUCUUCUCUGGGGUAGAACUGCCCUCCACCACCCCUAUCAAAUACGACUCCCGCAGGAACUCCUGGAGCUCUGAUGAGGGUAUAGGAGAAGGUGUGGAGAAGGAUGACUGUGUUCAGGCUCUGAGUGGUCAGAUCUUCAUGGGAAUGGUGUCCUCCCAGUUCCAGGCUCGUCUGGACACCGUCAGGCUCAUAGACGCUCUGGUCACCGCCUGCAUACGCUUCGUCUACUUCUCCAUGGAAGACGAACUACGCAGCAAGGUGUUUGCAGAGAAGAUGGGCCUGGAGACAGGGUGGAACUGUCACAUCUCUCUGACCCCAAACAGGGACAGUCCCUGUGACGGUGCCCCCAACAGCCCAGGUCAGGACUCCCUACAUGAUGACCUGCACCAAGACUCCCGAGAUGAGGCAGAGGGGCCGUUGUUACCAGAGGAGGAGACUGCUGAUGUUCCCAGCUUCCUGGAGGACUGCAACAGAGCGAAGCUACCUCGUGGUAUCCACCAGGUUCGUCCUCACCUGAAGAACAUUGACAACGUGCCUCUGCUGGUGCCUCUCUUCACCGACUGUACCCCAGAGACUAUGUGUGAGAUGAUAAAGAUCAUGCAGGAGAACAGAGAGGUGACGUGCUGCCUGGGGAGCUCUGCCAACUUCCGCAACAGCUGCCUCUUCCUACAAAGCGACCUCAGCAUCGCCCUGGACCCCCUGUACCCGUCGCGGUGUUCGUGGGAGACGUUCGGCUACGCGACAGGAGCAGGCCUGAACGGGGAGGUGGAGGGUCUGUCUCCCCUCAGUCUCUCUGGUCAACUCAACACCCUGGCCUGUUCUGUCACCUUCCACCAGGGGGAGUCGGUCAGCAUGGUCAAACUCAUAGAACAGGCUCGUCACACUACGUACGGCAUCCGCAAAAGCUUCCUGUUCCUAUUGCAGUGUCAGCUGACCCUGGUCCUCAUCCAGUUUCUGGCCUGCCUCGCCCAGCUCCCACCUCCCAUGAACAUCACUGAUAUCCUCUGGCUGUCCUGCUUCAGCUGUCCACUGCUCAGUGUGUCGUUUUUAGGAAAGCCACCAGAAAGUUCUGUGAUGAACGUGGCCACGGGGAAAAACCAAGAUGCCAUCCCCAGAAAGACGCAGAACUACUUCCUGGGUUGUUUCCUUUUGAGGUUUGGCCUGACUGUGUGUGCCUACCUCCUGGGCUUUGGCUUCACGCUGCACGAGGUCUGCCUGAGGGCCAACAACCUGACCAUGGCAGAGAACACCACCAUCAGCUGUAGUGAUAUCCUCAGGGUCAGUUCGGCUCAGGACGCUCCCCAUUGGUUCAGGGAGCUGUCCAACGGCCUGCUGCUCACUCAGAAAGUCAUGGCUGGGUUCCUGGCCCUGCACACAGUGGUCAUCUCUCUGAGCUAUGUCCAUCGCUCUCAGCCGCUGUGGAAGAAGAACCCCUUCAGCAACACCUGGUGGUGCCUCACUGUCCCCGUUGUUCUGCUGGGUCAGUUGGUGCAGGCCACGGUGGACUACCAGCUGUGGCAGGACCGGUUGGCACAUUUGACCUUUGACCUGAAGGACAUCCCCAUGCUGGCCUGGCUACUUGUCUCCCUGUCCUCCCUGGUGGUGGUGCUGCUCAAUGAGGCUGUCAAACUACACGAGAUACGGGUGAGGGUUCGCUACCAGAAGAGACAGAAGCUACAGUUUGAGACCAAACUAGGGAUGAACUCUCCCUUCUGAUUGGCUCAGACAAUGAACAGAGGGGCGUGGCAAUACAUGCCACCAAUCAGCCAUCGAAGUUGGUUCUAACUGCUGACACUGGGUCAGAUCGUUUCUCAUCCCUCUUGUUUGUUAGGAUUGGAGAAAGGGUAAUAUGAUCCUAGAUCUGUGGUUGAGGGGAACUUCUACCUCAAGCUCAUAAUCGCACUCCUCCUCAGUGCCCAUUGACCUAAACCGAGGAGCACUCAACCCACCUCAGCCCGAAAGCACUGGCUCCUAGCAGGUAGCGCUAACCUCAACCAAACUGCUACACGUGCUGGGUGGUUUAUCACUGCGAUAAUCCAAUCUUUUUUUGGGGGUGGGGGGAUCCUUGUUUAAAUUGUAUUAUGGUAUAAUUGUUUUGUUUUUUAUAAAAGAAAGAUCCCAAAGCAUUUUUCUUUUUUACUUUUAAAAGAAAGGCAAACAAAAACGGAAUUAUUUAUAAUAUUGUGGAACGUUAUUGAAGGCCUGGGGAAUGAUUUACUGUAGUUCCUGCUUAGGGAUGGGGGGUACGCUCUCCCACGGUCACUGUUCUAUGAUAUUGUCUCUCACUGUAUCACAUAGGGGUUAUCACACUUCAGCAUGUUCCUCCUUUCUUUUGCCCCAAUACCAGACAGGGUUUCCCCCAGGAUUUUUUUCAGCAGCGGUGGCUAAGUAAACGUGGGGGGCUAGUUGGCAUGGCCAAUGGUGUGGAUUUAGAGGCCCUCCUCUUGGCCGCAGAGGCAACAUUUAGCGGUUUUAAAGCAAAUUUCCUGCAAUUUUGCCAUGGGGUGGAGAGAACAUUUUACACUUAAAGAUAAUUUCCUAUGGCUCAUGCCAUGUUCUUACGCUAUCUGAGUGACUCGGAUAACUAUAACAAAAUCAAAGCCAUGACAUUUUGGGAAUUUUAUAUUCUAGUUUUAUUUUGGUGAUUGUUAGUCCUCAAAGAUGAUCUAAGUAAAAACAAAUAUUGCUCCUUUAUCUUUUCUACAUACAUUAUAUAUGGUUUUAAUCGUUUUAAGUUUACACUGAAAAUAUUUUAUCAUCCCAAAAAUGAUGAUACACUACCGUUCAAAAGUUUGGGGUCACUUAGAAAUGUCCUUGUUUUUGAAAGAAAAGUAAAAAAACAUUGUCCAUUUAAAAAAAACAUCAAAUUGAUCAGAAAUAUAGUGUAGACAUUUAAUGUUGUAAAUGACCAGUGUAGCUGGAAACGGCAAUUUUUUUAAAUGGAAUAUCUACAUAGGCGUACAGGGGCCCAUUAUCAACAACCAUCACUCCUGUGUUCCAAUGGAGAAUAUAUUUUGUUUUUUCUUUGUUUUUUUUCCCCAUUUCCUUUCUAACAAAUAUUUUCUUUGUUUCACACACAUGCUCCGACUCCCGAGCUAAGCCAAGGGCAAUCCUCCUGCUGUAAUGCAAUAAAUAAUAUAUAUUAAUAUAAUUUACUUUGAAAAAGUACAACUGUAUUAGUCUUGUUUAGGUCAGUUGUAUUUGAAUGUGCUAGCAUGCCACUUUGAAACUCAUGUACUGUAGGAUGGUUUUGUUAUUUUAUAAUCAUCAUAGACUGGUUUGAUCCCUGUGUACAUUCUUCCAUCCUAUUCUUCCCACCAGAGUACUGUAGUAAAGAGGGGACUGUCUUCAACUGUAGCUAACAAGGUUUCGUCUGUGGUGUUCUCGGUUACAAUACCUUCUAGAGCGUUCCAGGGUAUUCCUUUUUACUAGCCUGGGUGCAUGUUUCUGCGUUCGACAUCAACAAUGCACAAGCUGACUACGUCCGGGAUUCAAUCAGAUCACGCUUGUAGACAAUGCUGCUUUCAAAUGCAAUUUUACUGGGUUCGUGGAGAUCGCAUUUAAGGUAAACGCUGCGGAUGUCGGCUCAAUUGGAAAUGACCAAUGUCAAGCGCGCUCACGCACCGUUUCGUGUUGAAUCCCUGCCUAAAAGCAGAAAGACGCACCCACCAGGCUACCUGUCUGUGUUGGGUGAUCAAAUCAGUAGAUCCAUUUGAACUUUUUUUAUCCCUGAUAUACGAAUUUCGCUGUGUCCGAAAUGGCACCCUUUGUACUACUUUCGACCAUGGCCCCAUAAUGUCCUGGUCAAAAGUAGGGCACUAUAGAGAAUAGGGUGCCAUUUGGGAAGCAGAUUGUCAUGAGUUGCCAUUGCCCAUGCAGCUUUUCAGUUUUUAUUUCUUUCUAUCCUGUGUAUGUAUACAUUGUAUGUAUGUAUUUAUUUAUUGAUGCUUUUGUUAUAGCUGAUGUAUGUAUCAUGUGCUGUCAGACAAACUGUCAUGCUGCACAAACCGGCCUUUUCCAUCGUGCUUUCUGCUUCUGGUGAAUUACCUCUUCAGGGCCAGGAGUUUUUUCUGACCAUGUCAUCUGAUCGUGAGACCCAGAGUUGUUCCCUGGUUGGCUCACGGGGUCAGGAAAACCUUGCGUCCCAAGUCAUACUGUAUAUAUAAAUUGAUUUAUUUUAUCAUGUGUGCGCCACACCCGCUCUCUCUAUUUUGAUUGUUGGCUACAAUGAAGGUCAAAUCCUAAGUUGACUAGGAGUCUGUUCUGGGCCUAAGAGAGCACAAAAACAUGGUGCCUAGGAUUAACACCUCGACUCAGGGCGUUCGCACACUUGUGCCCUUCAUAGGCUCCCUUUGAUUGGAGUGUACCACAGGAGGUUGGUGGCACCUUAAUUGGGGAGGAUGGGCUCAUGGUAAUGGAUUGUGCAGAAUUGGUGGAAUGGUAUCAAAUAUGGUUUCCAUGUGUUUGAUUCCAUUUACACCAUUCUGGCCAUUAUUAUGAGCCGUCCUCGCCUCAGCAGCCUCCACUGGUGUGUAGGUACUUACUUUUUAAGUACAUUAUUUCAUAGGGUAGUUAGUAGUUACAUAAUCUGAUAAGAGAUGUGUGUGAGGAAGAUAUAAUGUAAAAACACUGAUCUAAUAUGUAUCCUAGAUAGGGUAGUCUGGUAACCGAGUUUGUCUUGUUUUUUUGCUCAGAGACCACUUGAACUAAGCCAGUAAUUUUUUAUAAAUAGUAAACUUACAUCUGACUCCAAAUCAUUCAUACCAGGGCAGUUAACUGUUAACUCUUGUAUACAUGCUAGCCGCUAAUUGUAUCCUAUCAGGUCCAGAUGGGGAAUCCAGGGCCGCCGUUGGAUCAGCCGAUGGUGUCGGGACUGGAGCGUAGUCGGCCGGUGGGUCCAGGACAGGGCCAGACGCUGUGCCGAGGUCAGGGCUAGUUCUUGACUGCAGUUGAUGCUGGAACCAGAACAGGAUCAGGGUCAGCUGACUGCAGGUCCAGAGUACAUGGCGCUGGAGGCUCUGGUGCUGGAUGGGAUGCCAACUGGGACUCUUGCUGGAGAGUCGUCGUGGGCGUCAGGUCCAGGCCGAGCAGUUCUGCAAGGGCAGCAGGUAGUGUAGGGACCAGCACCGGAGUUGAGUCCGGUUAUGGCUGCCCAGGAGUGACAGUAACUGGAGUGUUGGCUAGGGUGCUGGCUCAGGCACCGGUAGCUGCAGGUCUGGCUGGUUGUCUGCAGGUUGGAGCUCUGACGCUUGCUGGACUGGCUGCAGCCCUGGCAAUGGCUUCACUGGCUCAGGUGCUGAUUGUGGUGGCGCCUCCUGGGGUGCAGGUUGGGUGCGGACCUGGCUGCUGGAUGUGCUCAGGUUCCGAUGGUGACCGUUUGACUGUCCGAGUAACUAGCUUGAGCACUGGCUGGAGCACUUGUGACACUGUAGACCGCUGGACGUGCUGGAGUCCUGGUGGUAGUCUUGGCCGAGGAACUGGCGAGGGCACUGGCUGGAGAACCUCCUGGUGCACUAGUGACCACCGGACAUGCUGGAGUCCAGGUGGUGGCAGAACUGGCUGGCGUGCCGGUGGCCACUCUACAUGAGUGAGGGGAUGGCUGGACCGGUGGCCAUGGCACCCAAGCCAUUUGAGGCUGUUGCCCUGUCCUGAGCUCAGUUGGUCGAUCCAUCGGUGCUCAGGGGCUUUAAAAAAAUAAAAUGUAACCUUUAUUUAACUAGGCAAGUCAGUUUAGAACAAAAUCUUAUUCACAAUGACUGCCUACCGGGGAACUGCUUUGCUUGAAGUGCAGACUUUUGGGUGCUGCCAGUAGCCAGGCGGAGGUCUUGGAGCUAGUGGCUGCUGGACGGGCAGGACUCAGGACCAGCGCUGCGGGUUCUCUAUGCCCACAUAGUGCCUUGGGUUUGUCCUGAUGUUACCAUGCCACCCCUCGCAUCUACCUCCUGCAGUUUCUUGAUGACAGCAUCUGUGAUACGCUGGAGCCUCUUACUUUUUCACUGGAGUCUCCGGAGUUCCCGGUCCUCUUCUUGCCGGUGUGUGUGCCUCGUCCUGGGCAUGGUAUGCAUCAAGAACUGCAUCCCUUCACUACUGGUCAUAGUCCAGGACAAUUGCACCUAUCCGGCUCGAAGGACCAUGAAAAAGAAGCACACCAUUUGGUGGUCUCUGAAAGAGGUACCAGUUUAGAUUAUGGUACAACUUUCCCAGCACCCCGGUUAGGUGUAAAUGACCAGUAGGAGAUAGGGAUACAAUUCACACUUUAUUUCCAUACACCAAACACACGGUAAACGGGAAGAGAACACUAGACUGUCCUCAUGGGCCGAUGAGGUCCGUGGACCCAGGGCUGGUAUUCUGAGGACCGGAACGGACAAGCGCACAUACAUGGCAAACAAGAAGAGGAGAAAACUAAUGUAUAGUGGUUCAUUGUCAAAGACUCACUAACACCAGUUGGGAGGCAGUGUUGUCCAUGUGGAAAGGGUCCAGAUGUGAGUUGAGGUGGAGGACAUCAGUUUAGAGCCCUUCUCAACCUGCCCUGGAAAGAACUGAAGAGUUGAGAAGCAGUGUGGGGUUCUGAUGCUCCCAGGCUAAGCCACUGAUUGGCUGACCAGGUCAGCUGACUCUGUUCCCUGGGAACCUGGUCCCGAGCACAUAGGUGUGAAGUGGCCUUUUGCAACAGGACAGUAGAUGGGUUGGUUGUUUAGCAACAAAACCGACUCGUGCGCAACAAUGGGUCCAAACAGACAGGAUUGACUUGUUGACAUGUAAACGACAUGUCGUCGACUAUGUUUAUUGAAAACCUAAAUAAAUGUUGCACAAUGAGCACUUGUUACAGUUGUUGGUUAGUUACCGAGCUAAUUUUAGCCAUAUUAGCAUUGACAUGAAAUCAGUCAAAACACCUCAAAACAAGACAUGGUAUCAAGAACUAGAUGAAACUAGCUGAAAAGAGUCACGACUCUUGUCAUUGUUAGUAGCUAUCUGGCCAUCCAGAAUCACAACCUCUCACAGACUUAUGCCCCAUUUGAAGAGUGCGUGUCGUUUUCGUGACGUUAUCAGCUAGCCCAUCUAUAGACUCAGGCUACCAACCCUCGACCUCAGCCUAUCUCAGCUGUAAGAAGUCAAAGUUUGUCUACAAGUACCAGGGCCAGAGAGAGGGUUUGAAAUAUGUUUUUUUAACAGUAGCUGGGGUCAAAUGUAACACCUAAAAAAUAAACCAAAUAAAUUCACUUAACUUAAAAAAAACAUGAAUGUUUAUGAAUUAUCAUAGACGUGUGUAAUUAUUUUGCAAAAAAUUAGUAAUUCUAUGUAUGUAACCAAUGAUUACAGUAUGUUUUGAGUAUGGCCAUUCAGUUCCUCUCAAAACAUCUGAAUAGUCUGAUGGUUCCUAGAUGACUGUUUACAACUUCUUUGGUAUGCUACUGGACCCCAAGGCUAUUUAGUUAGUAUUUGUAUCAUGCAUGUAAAAAUCACUUGUUUUCAUAUUUUGGCUGCUUGGCUCAGGGUCAUUUUUAACACUGCUUUACAAUUGCCUCCCCACCCUAGCAACCAUGACAAAACCUCAUGUGCCUGUCAAGAGACAACAAUAGUGUCACAUCAAUAUUCAGCCAGUAUAUAGUGAUGAAAAUGAUGCUAGUUUGAAUUAUUGGAGCGUAAAGGAAAAAUGCAUCCGAUUGGGGGACGGACGGACUACAUUCACCCCUAAAAAAAUAAUAAUAUUUGCCCAUAAAAUGUGCAGAGUGAGAUAUUUCGCUGUAACCUUUCAAGCAGGGAGAGAGACCAUGCACUGUGUGAGUUUCAUCACAGCAAGUUUGGAGAUAUGCAAGGUGUUACAAUUGACCCCCGUUACAACUGCCCCCAGUCUAUCCUACUGUUGUUGAAUGAGCCUAGUUUACGAGGGGAAACGGAUGUCUGAAGUCAGCAACUGAAUAUGUUGAUUUUUAUACACUACAGUAGAAUGCAUCCACAUGUUGCACAUACAGUACAUUUCAAUGCAUUGUUUUAAUUUUCCAUUUGAUAUUCAUUGCUUUAAAUAUAUGCAUGAAUAAGACCUUAUGGAUGCCCGGUCUUGGUCAUGAUAAUAUUGUUUUAGUUUGAGUGUGUAAUGUGAACUCGGUGGAGCAUGGGACCGCAGGUGUCGCUAGCGUUUUUUUCACCACACUGACCGACCUAGACACCUACUUACUUAACCCUCUUCUACGGCCCAGCUCCAAAUCUACCCCUAGGCACGUGUAGAUCUGAAAGGAUUGGAUCGGCAUAAGCAACACGCCGAUAAAAAUCCAUGUUGCUCACACCUAUCCAAUCUUUUAGAAAGUUCACAACCUUUUUUUCCAAAGUGUGAUUUAAAUGUUGUUGUUUUUUUGUCACAGAUCUGCACAAAAUACUCUGUCAAAGUAGAAGAAAAAUUAUUAUAAAAAGAAAAAGAAACCCUAUUAAAUCUUGAUUAGAUUCAACCCCCUGACUGUGAGUCUUUCUGGUUAAGUCUCUAAGAGCUUUCCAAACCUGUAUUGUGCAUCGUUAGCCCAUGUUAUUAUUUUCAAAAUUCUUCAAGCUCUGUCAAAUUGGUUGUUGAUCAUUGCUAGAAAACCAUUUUCAGGUCAUGCCAUAUGCAGAUUUGAGCCAAAGCUGUAACUCUGCCACUCAGGAACAUUCACUGUUUCCUUGGGAAUCCCGAGUGGCGCAGCGGUCCAAGGCACUGCAUCUCAGUGCAAGAGGCGUCACUAUAGUACCUGGUUCGAAUCCAGGCUGUAUCACAUCCGACCGUGAUUGGUAGUCCCAUAGGGUGUCGCACAAUUGUCCCAGUGUCGUUUGUGUUUGGCUGGAGUAGGCUGUCAUUGUAGAUAAGAAUUUGUUCUUAACCGAUUUGCCUAGUAAAAUUUCAAUAAGCAAUUCAUGUAGAUUUGGCCUUGUGUUUUAGGAUAUUGUCCUGCUGAAAGAUGAAUUCAUCUCCCAGUAUCUGGUGGAAAAGCAGACCUCUUGGAUUUUGCCUAAACUUAGUUCCAUUUCUUUUUUUAUCCUGAAAAACGACCCAGUCCUUAACAAUUACAAGACUACCUAAUAAGAUGACGCAGCCACCACUAUGCUUGAAAAUAUGGAGAGUGGUUCUCAGUAAUGUGACGUGUUGGAUUUGCCCCACACAUAACGAGCUCUUUGUAUUCAGGACAAAACGUGAAUUGCUUU